AUGGCUCAAAGAGCCUUUCCAACCCCGAGCCAACAAGUGGCAGAUGACAUCAGGGAGACAUUCACCAGGAAAACCACAGGAACUCUUUUGAAGGGCAUUAGGGGUGAUGGUUUAAAAGCGUUGAUACUUCCAGCCGUUAGAAUCCUCCCAUUUCAAACCACUCCUCAAAAAGAGGGUGAAAGGAUCACCGAAAGUAUUUCAUUUUUCAGCACCAGUUUGUGA